AUGGCCACAGCCAGUGAGCCCACGUGCGGCUGCCAGCGGGGCCCAAACAUGGAGCAGGGGAAGUGGUAUGGCGUCCGUUCGUACCUGCACCUUUUCUAUGAGGAUUGCACCGGCACCCGUAUGGAUGAAGAUUCAGAGGACACCUCUACCUCUCCAGCCAAGGGUGGCUGGACCCCCAUCUUCUGGAAGGUGAUGCUUUCAGCUGGGACUCUGCUGUUGCUCACUGGAGCAGUGGCACUGGCCACGGGGUACCUCCUCCCCGCCAAGUUGGAAGGAAUCGGUGAAGCUGAGUUUGUGGUGCUGGACCAGCAAGCUGCAGAGUACAACCGUGCCCUGGGCAUUUGCCGAGCUGCGGGGGUGGCACUGUGCGCUGUCGCUGGGGUGCUCCUGGUGGCCUGCAUUCUGUCCUCUGGGCUCUGCGGAAUGAACCUGGGUGGCAAUCGGGGCGAAGAUGGCAAGGAGGAGCAGCUGUCCCCCAUCUUGCAGGAGAAUCCGCCUCCCCAGCGGGGCACCAUCAUCUCAGCGACCCCUGCCCCCUUCCAAGUCUCCUGGGUACAGAGCGUCCAGCCAAAGAGAGAGAUGUAGAUUUGGAUUUCCGCUGGGCUCCAGAGCAUCAAAAGCUCUGAACUCCCUAGAGCAGUGUUUCUCAACCUUGGCAACUUGAAGAUGUGUGGACUUCACCUCCCAGAAUUCCCUUGUCAUUGUCCCUGCUUUUCCUCUGAUGAUCGUGGUUUCUCUGAAAGCUCAUUUUGUUAACUCACUGUUU